GCCCUUACUGCAGCGACAUAGUGCCCUGGCCAGCACACAGUGCCGGUCUGCUGGCUCACAGGCCUGCUAACAUUCACAGACUCAAACCCGAGGAUGAGCGGAGUGCCCAGGCCGCAUCGGCCGUUCGGCGGAGCGGUGUGCGCAGCGACCGGGCUCGCGCCGGCGCCGCGCGCUGCGCCCUUGCCGCGGCUGCCGGCCGUGCGCGUGGCAGCGGGAAAGGGGAAGAAGAACAAGCAGCAGCAGCGGAAGGGACGGGGCAGUCAAUCGGUGGCCGACCUGGGCGAUGUCGUGCAGCGGGCCCGCCUGGCAGACGUGCUGCAGGGCGGAGGGCUGCAGGGUCUCGGAGGCGCGCUGGGGCUGACACCCUUGCCACCUUUCGGUCUGCCCUUCGGCGGCGGCCUGUUCGGAGGAAUGGGCGGGCUUGAAAGGGGGCUGGGUCUUGAGUUGUCCUUGGAGGAGGUGUUCAGGCGAAACAUGGCGGCGCGGAUCAGCCCACUGCACCUGGCCGCGAGGUUAGGGGACGCAGAGGUGCUGGAGCGGACGCUGCGCAAGCUGCGGCACCUACCGGCAGGGCCUGAGGACGGCAACAUGGGCGACGACGGCGAGGAGGGGCCAGGGGAUGAAGAUGACGAGGCGUUUGCCGUCUUGCAGCAGUUUGCGCACCCAGACGCGCCCGACUUUGAGGGCGAGACGCCGCUCCACUACGCCUGCCACUACGCCUACACGAUGCAGCUGCAGCACAAGCAGGGCGGCGGGCGCAAGGCCGCGGGGGCCAACACGCGCCGCGUGAUGGAGCUGCUGCUGAGCACCGGCGCGCACGCGGACGCCUACACGCAUGACGGCCAAACGCCCAGCAUGCUUGUGGUUGCACAUGUGGAGGGCGGCGACGCAGUACCCGACCUGGCUCUGCUCCAGCGCUACGGCGCCGACCUGCACGUGCUGGACGAGCAGGGCCGGUCGCUGCUGAUGCGGGCGGCGGCGGCCGGCAAUGUGGAGGCAGCCAGGUGGCUGCUGGAGCAGGGGCUGGAUGCGGGUGUGGUGGACAUGCAGGGCAUGCGCGCGGCACAGUACGCGCACACACAGGCGCUGCGCAAAGAGCUGCAAGCAGCAGCCUCCGCUGGUGCCGGUGCGUGCACCAGCCGCGGUGGCGGCAUCAGCAGUAGCAGCGUGCCGCCUCCACCAGCUGUGCUGCCGGCACGGAAGCAGCUGGUGCUGCCGCCGGGCUGUACGGAGCUGGACCCCCGGGGGCUCGUGUGGGGGCGGCUGCUCGGCAGCGGCGCGUUUGCGGCGGUGCACGCGGGGACCUACCACGGGCAGCCGGUCGCCAUCAAGCUAGCCAACCUCCACACCGACAAAGCGCAGCACACCUUUGAGGCCCAGCAGCAGGAGCUGUCGGCACUUGCGCACCUGGCAGCGGCAGCAGCAGCCGCUCACCACAGCCCUGACGGCGCAGCAGCUGGUGGCGGCAGCGGAGCGGCUUGUGGUGGUGGUGGCGGCGUGGGCUCGCACCCGCACCUUGUGGAGUUCAAGGGGCUGGUUUCACGCCGUGACGGGGCGCAGGCACUGGUGCUGGGCAGGUGCAGAGCGGCGCUGUCGUACGAGGUGAUGGCGAAGCUGUCCGCGGAGGACCGCUACCGCAUCGCCCUGCAGACAGCCAAGGGCUUGGCGUUCAUGCAUGCUUGCGGAGUUGUACACAAAGACUUCAAGAUGGACAACGUGCUGCUGGACGCUGAGGGCAAUGCCAGGAUCUGCGACCUGGGCAUUAGCGCUAUCAUCUCGCCAUCUGCCGCGGCCGGUGCGGUGGCGGACGCCGAGUUGCCGCGCGAAGACAGCUUCACCGGCAACAUCGCCUGGUCUGCCCCGGAGCGCUUGAACAGAAAGCCGUACAGCGGCAAGGCGGACGUAUGGAGCUGGGGCAUCCUGCUGUUUGAGCUGGCGUCGUGGAGCGAUGGCCCCGGUAGCGGUGCCUUCCAGGGACUGGACAUACAGAAGCGGGAGGCUCUGCUGCGCAACCCCACGGGCAUGGGACCGCAGCACCUGGGCCCCCUCCUGCGCUCCCGCCUGAACAGCGUGGGCACGCUGGACGCCGCCGUACACGGCCUCAUCGGGGACUGCCUGGAGUCCCAGCCCAGCCAGCGGCCCAGCAUGCAGCAGGUGUUGGAGAGGCUGGAGGGGGUGGCGGACAAGGCGCUGCAGCGGCCGGGGCCGAAGCAGGCGCCGCGCAGGAAGCCCCAGCAGGGGCAGCAACAGGGUGCAGGCGUGGAUCAGAAUGUGAGAAAAGAUGUGGAUAAGGGGAAGAAGGGCAAGAAGGGAAAGAGGUCAUGAUGACCAACUCGCGCUUGGCGUCAGUAACUCGCUUGAGGGCCGGGGCGUUGAUGCGGCUUCAGUAGUACGGUACGCAACGCUGGAAUCAUGGCUGAAAUUGGUUGCACGGGAAGUGUGGCCACAACGUGCGUCAGUCAUGGAUUUGCAGGGACGGCUGUGGCCGAUGAAGGCCACAUCGUCGGAUACUGGAGUCCGGGAAAGAGACGUGCGGAUGGCCGGGGUUUGUGACGGAGUGAGUUACCUCAGGAUUUGCAAGAAACACCGCAAGCGAGCAUGUGGUCAGUUGAACGAACGUGGGGGGGGGGGAGGGGGUCGGGUUCGGGGUUCUAAAGUUACGGAGAUUA